AUGCAGAUCAACAGCAUGAAGUUCAACUUCAAAUGGUCAGAAAUGUCAUUGAAGCUAGCAUUAAAGGCAAACAUGAAAGGAUCUAAAAAGUUUGAGGAGGAGAAGAAAGUUUUGAUGGAAAAAGAAGAGCAUGAUGAAAGGCUUUAUAUUCCGGAGGUUGAACCAUCAGCUACACCUGUGGUUGGAAUGCAAUUUACCUCUAUCGAACAAGCAUACGUGUUUUACCAAACAUAUGCUAAGUUAGCUGGUUUUUCUACUCAGAAAGGUAGUGAAGUACACAGUGGUGGUAUAACCAAAACUAAGUAUUUUGUUUGUUCUAAAGAGGGACAUAAGCCAUUGUUUAUUGACGAUGCUUAUUCGAAGUCAAAAAAGCCAUUCAAAUCAAGGAACAGGGGGACCAUUAGAACUGGGUCCAAAGCUCAACUUAUGAUUUGCUCGGUAGAUGGUAGAUCAUAUACAGUCAAGAAAUUCGUUGAUGGCCAUAAUCAUAAGUUUGUAUGUCCACACGAUAUUCAUAUGCUGCCAGCGUACAGGCAAUUGUCAGAUGUCCAGGAGGAGAUGAUAUGGGAACUAGGCACUCUAAACCUUGGCCCUGUCAAAGCUUUUCAUAUAAUGAGGAAACGUUACGGUGGUUUCGAGAAUGUUGGCGCCACCGUCGAUGAUUGCAAAAACUUUAAGACUCGAAUUAACAACUAUAUAGGAGAAUAUGACGAUGACAUGGUGAUCAAUAGGUUGACUGAUAAAAAACAAUAUUUAGUUGAUUUUUCGUUUGAAUAUUCUGUUGAUGAGGACAAACGGUUAACUGGUUUGUUUUGGGACGAUGGGUUAUGCAAGCGUAACUUUAUGGAGUUCGGGGAUGUGAUAUCGUUCAAUGCAACUUUAAAGACAAACAAGUACAAGAUGGUGUUUGUUCCGUUCACUGGGAUUGACACCACUGUCGAAAUGUAA